AUGAGAUGUGCUGUCGCUACGAAGGAUCAAAAUCUUACUGUGAACCUACAUAUAAACGAAAGUAGCUUUGAGAAGUGGGUGAUAAAUCCUUCAGUCUUGGAUGAAUUUCUGCGAGAUUCCUGCAUAUUGGCAGAUAAAUCAGUGACGAGUUCCGCGAUAUUCGUAGAGUUAGAUAACGAACCAGGAUCCGACGCAAGAAGAGUGGUCUCAUUGAUCUUGAACAUAUUGUUGUAACAAAUAAACAUCA